AUGUCGGACAGCGAGAGUGAAAGAAAGUCGGCUCGGCUCGAGCCUGAGUUGCGCGAUAUGAAGCUAGAGGAAGGCGCGACCCUGAGCGCACGCGAGGGCGAUGGCAUACAGGUAAAGGCGGAAGUAGCAGACCCGCCCACACCCUCUGCAAUUCCACCUCGACUCAAGAUGUCUCGAUUCAAGUCCCAAUCGCCUGCACCGAAGCACGAUUCCGAAGCGUCAUCGCCGGCCGACAGCACCAAAGAAGAGGUCGUUGGAGGAGACAUUGUGCUGAAGAUGGAGCCUGGGCCAGGAGGCAGAGCUCUCAAGCUCUCGCGCAGCGCCACACAAAAAGUCGUUUCACGCGCCCCACCGCUCUAUCUCGACCUUCCAGACUCUACAGAAGCAGCCAAAGAGACGUUCGUUGUCCUUCCAGAGUGCACGUACUCGAACAAAUACAUUGGCACGACCGACCCAGCCCUUGAAUGCGAUUGUAGCGAAGAGUGGGAUGUGGUUACGAAACGAAACAAUGCCUGCGGCGAAGACUCCGACUGCAUCAACCGUGCUACCAAGAUGGAGUGCGUGGGUGACUGCAGUUGCGGCCGGAAAUGUCAGAAUCAGCGGUUCCUGCGCAAACAAUACGCCGAUGUCACAGUGAUGAAGACAGAUAAGAAAGGGUUCGGUUUGCGAGCCAACAAAGACCUGGUCUCCGGAGAUUUUAUCUUCGAGUACAUUGGCGAGGUCAUUGAUGAGAGGACUUUUCGUCGCCGUAUGAUUCAGUAUGAUCAGGAAGGCAUCAAGCACUUUUACUUCAUGUCUUUGACUAAAGGCGAAUUUGUGGAUGCAACCAAAAAAGGCAAUCUGGGACGAUUUUGCAACCACUCUUGCAACCCAAAUUGUUUCGUGGACAAGUGGGUUGUUGGUGACAAGCUUCGCAUGGGCAUAUUCGCCGAGCGCAAGAUCAAGGCCGGUGAAGAGUUGGUCUUCAACUACAAUGUCGAUCGAUAUGGAGCGGAUCCCCAGCCUUGCUACUGUGGCGAGCCCAAUUGUUCGGGUUUCAUUGGUGGCAAGACGCAAUCCGACAACGCCACAAAGCUCUCUCACGCCACGAUUGAAGCGCUUGGAAUCGAUGACGGCGAUGGUUGGGACACAGCUGUCCAUACCAAGAAGCCUCGCAAGAAGAAGGUCAGCGAAGAUGACGAAGAAUACGUCAAUGAUUUGCAGCCACGGUCACUUGAAGACGAUGGAGUCCCUAAAGUCAUGGCAGCUCUGCGACAAUGCACGGAGAAGUGGAUUGCGGUCAAGCUACUCAGCCGUAUUCAGCAAAGUGACAACGACAAGGUUGGCCAUCGUAUCAUUCGUAUGCACGGCUAUGAGACCCUCAAGAAGACCCUCACUACGUGGAUAGACGACUUCAAUGUCGUUACGCAGGUCCUCGAUAUCUUGCACAAGCUGCCGCGCAUUACCCGUAACAAGAUCCAAGAUUCUAAAAUCGAGGAGGCGGUAGAGAACCUCAAGAGCUGUGGCGACGAACAUGUCGAGGAGUCCGCAGAUAAGCUGCUCACAGCCUGGAGUAAAUUGGAGGUUGCUUACCGGAUACCGCGCAUGAAGCGGGACCCCAACGCAAGCACCCCUGUCCGCACCGAGAACCACUUCGAGCGUCGCGAGAGAGGUCGAGAGCGAUCAAGAUCUAGAUCAAAGUCUCCGUCACUUACGUCGGCGCCGAAGGGUCCAGCUAGCCUAAACGCACCCUCAGGGCCCCGUGUAAUCAACGCGCCUCGAGGGCCCGCGAGUGGGUUUUUCCAAGGUCCGCGCCCUGCUCCUCGACCGAGAACUUUCAAUCCACUGCCGCCCGGUUGGUUCCAAGCCACCUCAGACAAUGGCUCAACUUACUACUACAACUCCUUGGGCACUACACAAUGGCAGCGACCGACAAUGCCAGCAAGCCAACCGCCACCGCCACCACCAAAAUCUAAAACCGAUACGCAACUCUUGCAAGACAUCAUAUCUAGCAUUACCGCACAUGUGGCACCUACCGUACCAUCAGCCUCGACGACCCCACAGCCUGCCACAGACGAGUUCCAAGAAAGGAAGUACAAAAGCGAGAAGUGGCGUAGCCUGCCUCAAGAGAAGCAGGAAAGGAUGUACGAGGCAACGCUCUCUUCACAUGUCAUGGCUGUCGCUGCGCAUUACCGUAAGAAGCUGGAGAAGGACGAUCUUAAGCGCUUGUCAAAAGAAGUUGCCAAGAAGCUCGUCAGGGGUGACUACAAGUCUGGGCGCGUCAAGGAUCCUGCUGCAAAGAUCAGUUCGAAGCAUGAGAAGACUGUGAAGAACUAUGUGAAGGACUUCAUGGAUAAGGCAGUCAAGAAGAAGGACGAACGAGAGAAGGCCAGAGCAGCUCGUGGCGAAGCAGCACACGACGACAAGGAUGCAACACCGGAGACGCCACAGAUUGACGUUGAUGGGACACCAGGAGCGGCUUCGCCAACUGACUUCUCCUCAGAGCUGAAGCGCAAGCGUGAAGAUGAAGCAGACGAGUCAUCACGGAACAUACGAUCGCGGACGGACGAGCCUCCGGCACCGCCUCCACCACCGCCGCCUCCAGCGGGUGGCAUGCCUAUGGACACAGAGGAGGCUGACCUGACGCCAAUGGAUGAUGGAUCAAUGGGCUCUUUCACAGAAGGCACACCUUCCAAUGGAAAGCUGGCCCUACGAGUGAGCGAUCAGGCCAGUCCGAUGCAGCUUGCCACUCCUCCAACCAAUGGCUCGGGAGAAGGUAAAAGCACUGCUAGUAGUAACCUACUGUAG